CAAUCAACCAGCAGAUUAAAUACAAGCUGCAUUGUAAUUAGGCAACCAUUCAAUGAUUGACCAAAAACAUGGAUGAGGAGUUUACCAGUGCUGAUGCAUCCGUGAGUUUUCAGUGCCCGUCUCCCUCAGAGCUCGACCGAGGCUUCUUGGAGCAGAGUUUGUCUGUGUCUGCUCUGUCACUGGCGGGACAGUCCACAUCGGUGUUGCCUCCCAAUAGAAUUGUGGUUGAGUACUAUGGUUCCAAACCAACCAUCCUGGCCUCCUUGUGUCAGUCUCCCAACCCUAUGUCCCCCUCUCAAGCCCUGAACCUGAACUCUAAGGAGGCUACACAAACACCAGGGCUCACUAUACCUGUGGAGAGCAAGUCCUCUACUCCCGCUGAGCAGGUGCUCCUCCAGAAACCCAAACUAGCCUGCCCAUUAGAUCUGUCCUACAUUGAUCUGACUGCCUCGCAGGUUGCCUGGGAGGUCUCCCUAAUCAAACCUGAGACUAACAGUCCAAAACCGAUCCUUGAGUCAAGCACAUUGGAGACUACCUGGAGUCCCAAGUUCCAGUCUGCACCACCGUCCCUGGCUGAGAUCUCCCUGAUCUGGUCAGGGUCACCCCCACACGGCAAUAAAACAGAGGACAACCAGAGGUCCUGGAGGGAGGUCACUAUGGGUUCUAGUCUCGGUUCCAGCCUGAGCCAGACCUCGGGUUCAGUGUCAGCAGCUGAGGAUGAAUGGCAGAGACGCACAUCCAUCCCUACAGGUGUUGACAACAAGCCAAAGUGGGCAUGUGACAGUGCUGUACUGAAAAGUUGAGACAUUGAGGAAAUUCAAGAAGAUGCCUGUGUGAAUUUUAUUGUCCCUUAACUUUUUUAUAGUAAAUAAAGUUUUGUAUUGAUUAAAUCGA